AACGAAUAUUCUCUCUCUAUCCGCGUAAGUUGACGGUUAGGAAUACUCAGCACCACCAUCACAAAUACCUCUGCGACACACCAGACCUACACUCCACCCCAUUGACUGCACAGCUGCACUCUACGAAAACCGGAGCACGGGAACGAAGUCAAGCAGACUGUGGGAGUGAGAGACCGAGAGGGUCCGCACCAUGCCUCCAUUGUGCUUUGUCCCUCUUAUAUUUCUGUCUCUCUUUGCUUGGUGUACUGCAAGGCCUUUCUAUCCACUUCCCAGCAAAUUCAGUGAUAGAAAUAGACAGCCUCUACAGAUGUCUCGUCCAUUUAAUAUUGCGCAUCGAGGUUCAAAUGGGGAGUUCCCUGAAGAAACUUCAGCUGCAUAUAUGAGGGCUGUUAAAGAGGGUGCAGACUUCAUAGAAACAGAUAUCUUAGCCUCCAAAGAUGGUGUUCUCAUCUGCUUCCAUGAUGUAACUCUUGAUGAGACAACUGAUAUUGCAGAACAUAAGGAGUUCGCAAAUCGUAAAAGGACCUAUGAGGUCCAAGGGGCCAACACCACUGGCUGGUUCACUGUUGAUUUCACACUAAAAGAACUAAAGUUGCUACGGGUGAGGCAGAGGUAUCCAUUCCGGGACCAGCAAUAUAAUGGAAAAUUUUCUAUCAUUACUUUUGAAGAGUUCAUAUCAAUUGCACUGGAUGCAUCUAGAGUCGUUGGAAUUUACCCAGAGAUUAAAAAUCCAGUAUUUAUCAACCAGCAUGUCAAGUGGUCUCAUGAUAAGAAAUUUGAGGACAAGUUUGUGGAGACGCUUAUUAAGUAUGGAUACAAAGGUUCAUACACGUCGAAGGAUUGGUUGAAACAACCUGUAUUCAUCCAGUCCUUUGCGCCAACUUCACUUAUCUAUGUAUCGAACCUGACAGACUCACCCAAAAUCUUCUUAAUUGAUGAUGUCACAGUACCAACUCAAGACACAAAUCAGUCAUAUUGGGAAAUCACAUCAGAUGCAUACCUUGACUUCAUUAAGGAGUAUGUUGUGGGGAUUGGACCUUGGAAGGAUACUGUUGUUCCUGUAAUAAAUAAUUAUCUGCAGACACCAACUGAUCUUGUAGCCCGAGCACAUGCCCAUAACCUGCAGGUGCACCCCUACACUUACCGGGAUGAGAACCAGUACUUGCACUUUGAUUUCCAUCAAGAUCCAUAUGUUGAAUAUGAUUACUGGAUAAAAAAUAUCGGAGUUGAUGGGCUCUUCACAGACUUCACAGGGAGCCUCCACAAUUUUCAGGAAUGGACAUCGGAUGACCACAAAGAUGACAAUGCCAGCGCAUCCAAACUACUGCAUAAGAUAUCAUUGAUGAUUUCUUCCUACAAAAACUUAUGAGAGUUCAUGUUUUUAUCUUUUUAUCCAGCAAAUAAGUUAUGGUUGUGUAUUUUACAGACAAGAAUACCAUUAAUAAAAAUUUGUCCAUCAGAAUUACUUGUUCA